UCGGUCCCGCCGCCGUCCACCACCGCCGCCGCAUCCCUCCUCCCUCCUCCUCCUUCUCCCCGAUUACAAGAUCCGCCGGACGAGAUCAUCGAUCUGCAUCCACGUGGCGCGCGCGCGCGUGCGUACUCGGAUCCGACAUAUCCGAACGAGCAUCGAUUCCGAUCGAUCAGCGCGAUCUCCCGAUGGCUCUCAACAUGAAGACCCUGACCCAAGCCCUCGCCAAGGCCGGCGCCGUGAUCGAGAAGACCGUGCAGACGACGGUCCAGGAGGUCGCCGGCCCGAAGCCCCUCCAGGACUACGACCUCAUCGACCAGAUCGGCUCCGCCGGCCCCGCCCUCGCCUGGAAGCUCUACUCCGCCAGGGCCUCCCGCGACUCCGCCCGCGCCCACCAGUACCCCCUGGUCUGCGUCUGGGUCCUCGACAAGCGCGCCCUCUCCGAGGCGCGCGCCCGCGCCGGGUUGUCCAAGGCCGCGGAGGACGGCUUCUUGGACGUGGUCCGGGCGGACGCGGCGCGGCUGGUGCGCCUCCGGCACCCCGGGGUGGUCCACGUGGUGCAGGCGCUGGACGAGAGCAAGAAUGCCAUGGCCAUGGUCACCGAGCCCCUGUUCGCGUCCGUCGCCAAUGCGCUGGGCAAUCUGGAGAAUGUUCCCAAGGUUCCUAAGGAGCUCAAGGGCAUGGAGAUGGGGUUGUUAGAGGUGAAACACGGCUUGCUACAAAUAGCAGAAUCGCUGGACUUUCUCCACAACAAUGCACGUCUCAUACAUCGGUCGAUAUCGCCAGAGAAUGUGCUUAUUACGUCAAGUGGAGCUUGGAAGCUUGGUGGAUUUGGUUUUGCCAUUUCCUCAGACCAGGCCUCGGGGGAUUUAUCUAGUCUGCAACCCUUCCAUUAUUCUGAAUAUGAUGUUGAGGAUUCUGUACUGCCCUUGCAGCCAUCACUCAAUUACACUGCUCCUGAACUGGUCCGGAGCAAAACAGCUUCAGCUGGGUCUGCUUCUGAUAUAUUUAGUUUUGGAUGCCUUGCUUACCACUUAAUUGCUCGCAAGCCUUUGUUUGACUGCCAUAACAAUGUCAAAAUGUAUAUGAAUACCUUGACAUACUUAUCAAAGGAAGCUUUCUCAACCAUUCCUCCUGAGUUAGUUCCUGACUUGCACAGAAUGCUUUCAGCAAAUGAAUCUUUCAGGCCUACAGCACUUGAUUUUACAGGUUCUCCAUUUUUUCGAGAUGACACGAGGUUGAGAGCUCUUCGCUUCCUUGACCACAUGCUUGAAAGAGACAAUAUGCAGAAAUCUGAAUUUCUGAAAGCAUUAUCAGAUAUGUGGAAAGAUUUUGAUUCUCGGGUUUUGCGGUAUAAGGUACUGCCACCACUUUGUGCUGAACUUCGGAAUCUGGUGAUGCAACCAAUGAUACUACCCAUGGUUCUUACAAUAGCAGAGUCUCAGGAUAAAAAUGAUUUUGAGUUAUCUACGCUUCCAGCACUUGUUCCUGUCCUCAGUUCUGCUUCUGGUGAGACACUGCUACUACUUGUGAAGUGCGCAGACCUAAUUAUCAACAAGACUAGUCAGGAGCAGUUAAUAUCUCAUGUCCUGCCUUUAUUGGUUCGAGCUUAUGACGAUAGUGAUGCCCGCAUACAAGAGGAAGUCCUGAAAAAGUCUGCAUAUCUUGCCAAGCAGCUCGAUAUUUUGCUAGUCAAGCAAGCAAUUUUGCCUCGAGUUCAUGGCUUAGCGCUUAAAACGACUGUUGCUGCGGUGAGAGUCAAUGCUUUGCUAUGUUUAGGGGAUUUAAUUCCUAAGCUCGACAAGCAAGCUACCCUUGAAAUUUUACAAACAAUUCAACGUUGUACUGCUGUUGAUCGUUCUGCUCCUACGCUCAUGUGUACUCUUGGAGUUGCUAACUCUAUGCUUAAGCAGUAUGGAGUAGAAUUUGCUGCAGAGCAUGUCCUUCCAUUGCUCGUACCUCUUCUCACUGCACAACAAUUGAAUGUCCAACAUUUUGCCAAGUAUAUGCUCUUUGUAAAGGAUAUAUUAAGGAAGAUAGAAGAAAAACGAGGAGUUUCUGUUGGUGAUUCUGGUACUGAAGUCAAGUCAUCUCCCGUGGCAGAUGGCCUGCGGUCCCAAUCCAACAGCAAAGCAAGCGGUAGUGUCGCUUCUACCAUGAAAAAGUCCGCUUCUUGGGAUGAAGAUUGGGGUCCAACAGCCAAGGGACUCAUCACCGAAAAUUCCCCAAGCGUCUCUGCACCUCCAAUUUCCAGCAGUCAACCCGUGCAAUUGCUUCCUCUGCAAAUGCCUUCCUCCAUCCCAUCUGCAGCAUCUAGCCAGCAAACAAUCACAACAUGCACCCCCGUAGCUGAUGUUGAAUGGCCUCCACGGACGUCAUUGAGUGUUAAGCCCCAUUCAAAUGAGGCAGAGAAAAAAGUGGAUGCGGGGGCAUCAUCUACUUUGAGUUUUGAUGAGAUUGACCCUUUCGCUGACUGGCCCCCACGUCCUAGUGGCUCCCAAAAUGUUUCUGGGUCUUCCAAAAAUGGCACCAUGGCAACAUCUUUGAAUGGCUCUGCAGUCAUGAGUAUGUCUAACAUGACGAAUUUCCAGACUAGCAACUGGGCUUUCAGUCAAAAUUCUGUCGAGCCGUCGAGAACCAGUAUAGGUAAUUCUGCUUCAAUUGGUGGUGGUCAAAAUGGUGGUGUUAGUUCCCAGAAUUCUCUAGGCUAUCUAAAACAGAGUCAGGGAAAUAUGAGCUCUAGCUUUAAUCUUGACAAGAAACCCGCUGAUAUUGGAUCCAUCUUUGGUUCCAACAAGAGUGAACAGACUGCACCUAGACUUGCACCGCCACCUUCAACUGCAGUUGGCAGAGGCAGAGGGAGAGGUUUGACGUCAACCUCUCGGUCAAACCCUACUAAAUCGGCCUCUGGACAGCCUCCCCUUUUAGAUCUACUGUAAUUUUGUAAGGUAGUUGUACAAUGUUUGUAUUACAUAAUAUUGGAGUGAAGAGGUGAAAACUGGGGGCGAAGAGACCUUGAAAGUGGCCAUUUCCACAGUGCUCGGAGAAGAUCUUGACUUGGAUAUUGACAGCGGCCCAAAGUAUUUUAGCCUCCACUACGGCAAUGGCAACUGGGAUGGUUGUGAAUUCGUGGUAUUAGUUGCUUUUGAGUUUUGCAUAUAGCUUGAAGCCAAUUGUAUGUAUGGAUCUUUUCGAUUCUCGACAUUUUGUUCGAUUCUUUGUUGUAUCGAUGAUCUUGGGCAUGUUCAUUUUUCCA